AUCAUCUUUAUUUGUCACUGACACUUAAACAACUUAAUCUAAGACAACAAAAAGUGAAGAGAAGCUUUAAAACAAAUUGCUAUAAAUGAUCAAAUGCAUGAUCUAAUUGUGUGAUGUGGUUAUUUUCUGGAUAAAGGCCUCAAUUACAAAUGAAUGAGGAAGUCUAAAUUCCUAACAACUGCCUCUCCUGGGCAGGUUCACCAACAUGCCAAAGAUUUUCAGUUACUUGCAUGGUGCAUGCAGAUCAGUUGCCCAUUGUCACUUUCCUUGCAUUCUACUGCCGUCCAGCGGCAACCAAUAUAUAUACACAUAUGUGCUAUACAUGCAUUGUAUUAGACCUUUUUCUCAUUAGGAUUGUAGAUAAGACUCCAGAUACUCCCAGAUAUUCAUGGCAAGAAGCUGAAUAUCUGCAGCGCCCACUACUAGAAACAAUGACUGAAAUCCUGCUGUUCAUCUCAGCCACGAUUCCUAGCAAUGUGCAGUGCAGGUCAAAAACUCCAGAUGAAAUUCAGCUGGGCCGAGUAAUGAUGAUCAUCAGCAUCGUCUUUUCAAGCCUCGCCGCGCUGGUAGCCAUUUCAGGCCUCAGGUACACGAGAUGUCUAGACGAGAACGAGCAGUCGAAAGACAGAACUGCCUUUGCAGGGGGAAUCCUUUUUGUGUGCAGUGGUCUGUGUGCUUUGGGCAUAACCAGCUGGUUUAUGUAUGGAAUUGUUGAGAAUUUCUUUCAGGACACACGUGAUGAUAGGUAUGUGAUCGGCAGGUCUCUGAUUGGUGCGUUUUUUGCAUCUUUGCUUUGUUUAUUUGGAGGCGUGCUCUUAUGCGCCUGCAGCGUAACGCACCUACGAUCCAACAAAAAUCUCAGCACACAUCUAAUCUCCAAGAAUCCUGGAAAAGACUAUGUUUAAGGAUCCUGAGACCAUCUGAAUACCUGAACUUAAUCUGAACGGCAGACACUAGUAGUUAUUGUGUACAGUAUGUGCAUAAAUUGUGUUAGAUAAGUAUAAAUACACUGCAUUUAGUUUUCGGUUUAUGUCAUGAUUUUUUUAUUAUUAUUUUUUACUUAACACUUUCACAGCUUUGAUGUAUUUUUAGAUGUUUGGGAUGGGUCUCCACAUUAAACUUUGACCUCUGAGUCAGCUAGAAAACGAGAAGGCUGGGAUUGCUUAACUAACAAUUCAGUGCUGUCCACAGAGGAAGUGAUGUCAUACCCAGUAACAGUAACUGGAGAUAUUUUUUACUAUGUUUUUUUUUUUUUUUUUUUUUUUAAAGAGGGAGAUUCUAAGCUUUGAUGUACUGUAGAUUAUAUGCCAAUUGCAAAAUUUAGACAGCUUCAGCAUUUGAUGCUUGUUUGAUAAUUUCAAUAUUUUAUGUAAUUAUUUCAGAAUUACACAAUAAAGGUUUGUUAUCACCAUA